GGCGGAGGAGGCGAGAGUGAAAGAGAGGGAAGGGUGACGGAGCGGGCGGUCGAUGGGUUGAAAUGACGGGGGAUUCGCGCUGUCUUUGAUGAUGAGCGAUGGUGGAGAUGGAGUGGCUGGGUGGUGGCUUCACGAAGCUAUUCUCGCACAUUUGAAAUUUCUCUUCUCUCCCAGUGACACCGGGAACUCCUAUUACCCGCAUAUCACAUAUCGGAAAACUCUCACCUUGCCUUACCUAACCUACCUUACAAACACCGCACAGCCACCCGAUUACAUGGAUGACGAUGUUAAUGAUGAUGGAACGGAAUGGAAAUGGAAUGGGAGGGGAUGGAUUAUUCAGCCCUUGACUGCUACGCUACUACUCGCCCCCUUUUACCUUAGUUUACUACUACAAUGGAAAAGUUCCAACUGGUCCUUUUGAUGCCCUGUUCCCUCCCUCGCUUGCUUCCCCGAUGUGCUAGUUCGUGUCAAAACGUAGAAAUGGUCAACGAAAGUCGGGAUAGGGA